CAGCAGCAUGAGGAGGCGGUACAGGGGCCCAUGACAGAUUACAGGGCCUGGCAGCAGCAUGAGGAGUCGGUACGGGGGGCCCAUGGCAGAUUACGGGCCUGCAGCAGCAAUGGGAGGCCAUACAGCACCCUAUGACAAAAUGGAACCCACCAGCAGUGUGAGGAGACCUGAAAGUGGCACAUGGCAGAGUGUGGCGAUGGAGGCAGCAGCAAUGGGAGGCCGUACAGGGGACCCAUGACACACUCUGGACCUGGCAGCAGCAUGAGGAGGCGGUACAGGGGCCCAUGACACACUCUGGACCUGGCAGCAGCAUGA